GAUAAUAAAACAUACACUUUGCAUUUUAAUGAAAUGAUUGCAUAUUGGUGCUCUGAUAGCGGCUUUGGACAAUAUAAACCCUUUAUAUCCUUUGAACAAUAAAAAUGGAUUUGUUUGCCAGUGUUUUAGUCUUUAUCAUUCAAUAUUUAGCUAUAGGUUAUUCUUCCACAACGACGACUAUGCCAUAUUCAGCGGCAACAUCACCAACUACAAAUGCAUCUACAAACUCAGUGUCAUCGGGAAUACAAUCAUCAACAUCGUUUGUUAACUCUUCUUUAACAUCCGUAUUACCCACGGACGUCUCACCAACCUUUUCAUCAACGACAGAAAUAUCUAAAUCAUUUUCAUUAUCAACGUCUUCUGAAUCAAGUCCACAAAACACCUCCACAUCACCUAUACUAUCGACAAAUACAUCAUCACCGAUAACACCAAUAACACCUAAAUCAUCAACAGCAUCGUCAACACCAACGACUACACUUGAAGCAUCAUCAACAGAGAGCAAUGUGUCAUUAACUCAAUCAACAAUUACAAUAUUUAAUGAUUCAUCGGUAUCACCAGAUUUAUCAACAAGCACUACGACUAUACCUUAUUUAACAACUGAGAACACGACAGCAUAUACAGAGUCAUCAACGUCAACCUCGACCAGCACAAAUUCGACAGAGACCACUAUGAUAAUAUCCAAUUCACCUACCGAGAUCACAACCACAACAACCGAGUUAACAUCAGCAAGGACACUUUCAACUGAUUCAUCGACCACAGAAACAACAUCAACCACACCUGAAGAGAACACUUCAACAGUUUCUUAUUCAUUAGCCGGAAACACUACAUUAUCGAUCAAGUCAACAACUACAUCAUCAAAAUCUUAUUCAUCAACCAUGACAACAACAUCACCAGAAUCUACAGAGAACACUGAGACAUGGACUUUCUCAAAUACCGAAAACCCUUUAUCAUCAACCGAGUCAGCAACGAACACAUUGAACGGAUCAUCGACAAUAUAUAUGACAUCUUCUGAGUCAUCUAUGAACCCAACUGAUUUAACAACAAUAGAAACGACACAAUCAACCGAGCCCACAACUACAAUUUCGAUCGAUUCAUCGACCUUAGAAACAUCAACAGAAUCUUCAGAUAACACAACUUUAACACCACAUUUUACAACAGAAACUUUUACAGAAUCUUCAGAGAGCACAAAUUCAACACCACCUUUUACAAAAGAAAAUGCAACAGAAUCUUCAGAGAACACGACAUUAACACCGCCUUUUACAACAGAAACUGCGACAGAGUCGUCUACAACACCAAUAGGUACUACAACAUCAGCACUGACAACAUCGACAUCGACGGCGACAACUUCCCAAACAGUAACAACAUCAACAACAACAACAACAAUAACAACGACAACACAAACCUCAACAGAAUCAACCAAAAGUCCCACGACAUCAACACCCACUGAAACUUCGUCGAUUUAUAUAUCGACAUCGCAAUCGUCAACAUCUACUACAGAUUUAACACCAACAUACUCAACAGAGUUAAGCACAUCAACGACACAUUCUUCGACGGCUGGUGACCUCACUUAUUCUUCAACAGCAAGUACUUCAACAGAACAACGCACGACAAUACCGACAAGUACCCGCUCGUCAACAUCAAUGAUGACUUCGACUACGAUAAAACCAGACUGUGGCAGACCACCAGAGAUUCCUUUUGGGGAUGUUUAUAUAGAAGAAAACGGAUCUGUCGCCAAAUAUGUUUGUCGUCCAGGAUAUAAAAUAUUUGGUAAUGAAUUCAUUCAUUGCAAGGCGAACGGUACAUGGGGUACGUUGUCAACAGACCAAGCAAUGUGUCUUCCAGUAGAUUGUGGUCCUCUUCGAUUAUCUAUCAAUAACAGUGAAAACACAACAUACAUUCCGAAGAAUUCAACAAAUUUUGGAAGCGUCGCCUUGAUAAAAUGCAAAGUUGGAUAUUCUUUUUCAAAUGGAAACACGAGUGCCACAUUUAUAUGUUCAGAAAAAGCAACCUGGAAUGGCAAUACAUCAAUAACAUGCUUGCCUGUAUACUGCAGACGCCCAAACGUCACGGGUCAUCUUACAAUUUUAGGUUCAAAUACUUCAUACAAAGUUGAUUCAGUCAUAGACUAUUCUUGUCGAAGCGAUUACAUAUUAGAAGGCUAUCGUUCUCGCGUAUGUCUGAAGUCUGGACAAUGGAGUGGAAGUGCACCUAAAUGCAUAAAAGCUCCAAGCAAAAUAGCAAGUCCGUGUGAAAAAAACACAGACAGCCAUGGACAGGUUUGGAAUGCAACCAAUCCAGGCGAAACACGAGUGUUCCCAUGUUCCAAAAUAAAGGAAGAUUUGUCUAAUUAUGUAACGAGAAAGUGUUCAACAGAAGGGGAGUGGUUGUUACCUCAUUACAACUGUAUUAGAAAGGCGCUAGAGGAAAUUACUGAAAGUGUAAAUAUUAUAAAAGAAAAACCGACAACCGAGACUGUAGUAAGUGUACUUGGUCAACUAUCGUCAUUAACCAAUCAAACAGAAAGCAACAAAACAUAUAGUGGUGAAUUAGAAGCUGUAACGUUAACUCUAGGGGUCAUUGCAAAUAUUAACUACACUAACAUUACCAUAAAUGACAGUCUUUCUACGUCCUUCUUUGAAACUACAAGUAACUUGUUAGAUACAAGUAAUACUGAGUCCUGGCAAGCAAGUGGUGACCAGUCGUCAACGUCGUCAGAGGCACCAUCUGGGGCGUCAAAAGUUUUAGACGUAAUUAGUAAUUUCACUGAUGCUAUUUCAAGAUCAUUUAGCCGUACUGGAGAAGUGAAGAACUUUUCAAAGACAUUUGAUAACUUAGUUUUAGAAAUAAAGAGCAGUGAGAAUUUAACGAAUAUAAAGUUUCCACCUACUGGAUCACAAAAUGCUUCUUUGGAUCUACCCGGAGCUUCUUUGACAGGAUCAACGACGUAUUCAGCCGUUUUAUACAAAAACUUAAGUGGCAUGAUGUCAAUAAAUACAGCUUUUAGUGGAAAUGACAUAGAACUCGGCUCGUCAGUUAUGUCAGUAAAGUUGGACAGAUGGACAGAAGUUGAAGGCUUCAAUAUAACGCUAACAUUCCAAAACUUUGGGACUGAUCAACAGUUAUCAGCAACAUGUAGUUACCGCAAUGCAUCAAGCGUGUUAUGGGGGAAAGAUGGGUGUACAGUGAAGCGUUCGGAUGAUAACGAAACUGUUUGUGAAUGUGAUCAUUUAACCAAUUUUGCGAUCUUAAUGAGUCCAUGGACAAAGGAGAAUGUGGAAACGGAAGCAAUACGUAUCAUAUCAAUCGUAGGCUGUUCCAUAUCCAUGUUGUGUUUGAUAAUAACGAUGCUUACACAUAUAUGCUACUGGAAGUUUGUUAAAUCCGAUCGUGUGAAGAUACUGAUGAACCUUUGCUUUGCUUUGCUGAUUUCGUACGGCCUAUUUCUCGGCGGUGUUGAUAGAACAGCAAAUGAGAAUGUCUGCACAACAAUUGCGGUAUUGCUACAGUACAUUUAUCUCGUGGUCUUUUUUCUAAUGUUGGCAGAGGCUGUAGAAAUAGCAUUUGUUGUUCUAUACGUGUUCACUACUGAAUCCAGACUAAAAUGGAUACUUCCAUUAGCUUGGUUACUGCCAGCUGUAAUAGUUGGCAUAUCUUUAGCGGUUACUCAGACAAAGGGCUAUGGAAACGAUAAAUCAUGCUGGCUUUCAGUUGAUGAUGGACUCAUAUGGGCUUUCGUAGGACCGGCCCUUUUGAUUAUUUUGGUGAAUUUUAUUCUGAUAGUGCUUGUGUUAAAAGCCAUUUUCAAGACGAAAAAUUUAUCACAGAAAUCUCUGAAGGAAAGGACCAUAGCUGGUAUUCGUUGUCUUUGUGUAUUACUUCCUCUUGUUGGCUGUACUUGGGUUAUAGGUAUAUUUUAUGUAAAAGAAGACUUGGCGUGGAUACAGUAUGUUUUUGCAGUCUGUAAUGGACUUCAGGGUUUGGCGAUAUUCAUUUUCCACUGCUUACUUAACACGCAGAUAAAGCAUGCUUACCAAAGAAAGAAGAGAAACGCAAGUUCUGGUCUGUUCACACGGUCAACUUCAAAUCCAAUCCUCAUUCCGAGGGCAAAGUCCAACUCAUCAACACAAGAAUUAUACAACAUGUACAACAGUAUCAAUGAUAGUUAUGGAGCAGAGACAACUUAUCACCUAGACAGGGAUGUUCGUGAAAGGCGUCCAGGGCCUGAAAGAAUUGAAAUGAAACAUUAUUCAGACAGACGUUACCAGUUUGAUGAAUGGUGACCUUGAAAUAUAUGACUGUCGAUAACUGCGGUGCAUGGUGAUACUAAUGAACUCUUGAAUAAUCUUAUAAUUGGAUUGGCGAUUAAGUCAAUCAUUGUCUAAGAUUGAUUACAUAUCAACAUAUUUUCGACAUUUUCAGGACAUAUGAUUCCGUGAUAUAUUGUCUGAACUGUGAAGAAAACGUGAAAUUUUAUUCUUGUUGUCAUUAUAUAAUAACUCUAAAGUAGUUUUAUUUAGUGUUUACGUCAUUUUGAAUACGUGUGUCUGUUGUAAUUAUGCAGAAUAAAGAAAACAUGAAACAAUUGUUA